AAGAUAAUCUGAAAUGACAAUAGUACCCCCAUCGACGCCAGCGUUGAAAGUCAAAUAGGAGGCAAAUUCCAAACACAUCAGUGCCCCUAAUAGGACCAAUUUUAAUUAUUUACAUGUAAUGACAAAAGUACCCUUCACAAAUUUCUGAGAAACACAGGAGGCAAAUAAAAUAGCUGCUGGCCCUUGCAGGCGUAAAGAAUCAAAGCCGACCAGCAAUUAACACACUGUUCCAUUGCUGUCAUCCACACGGGGAGACCAUAACCUUCCUCUUUCCAAUAUCCCCCUUCCAAUUUCCACCCUCCUUCCCCCUUCCUUCACACGGUAUAAAUUCAUUCACUCUCAUUGUUUCCCUCACAAACCCAAAAACCCAAUACAUCAAAAGAAACAGGAGCUAAUAACAAUCAAUGGCAGGAGUUGGCAAGAGGGCUGUUGAUGAUUUUGAGGAUCUGCUGCCAGAGAUGGCUGACAAGCUUGGCGGGGAGGGCCUGAUCAGAGAGCUGUGCAAUGGGUUCCAGCUGCUGAUGGACAAGGACAAAGGGGUCAUUACAUUGGAGAGCUUGAGGAGCAACUCUGCUCUUCUUGGUCUGCAGAAUUUGAGAGAAGAUGAGCUUGUGAGCAUGAUGAGGAAAGGUGACAUGGAUGGCGAUGGAGCUCUCAACCAGAUGGAGUUUUGCGUUCUGAUGUUCAGACUCAGCCCUGAGUUGAUGGAGGAAUCUUGGAUUUGGCUUGAACAAGCGAUGCAGGGGGAGCAAGAUAAUAAGAGACGUCAAUCUUGAUCGUUUGAUUUGUAUUUUACUUCCAUCUUUUAUUCAUUUUGGAACUGAAAUACAGAGAAAUAACAAACACCUUCUUUUGGUUGUAAUAUUACUUGUUGGUACAUAUUCAUUCGUUUCUCCGAUAA